AUGAAUUUUAAUCAAAUUAUACGUUCAAGAUCAAAAUCACCUGUUCGCUAAAUUCCAAGAACAUCACAUAUAUCCUAUUUCAAAGUUAAAGAAUAAAGACAAUCCCUUUACAAAAAAGAAUUUUUCGUUUAAUUAGAAGCCACUUUUAACAAAAUACGAAAGCAAUUACACCAAUUUGCAUUUACAUAAAUUCAUCGAAAACUUGAAAUUGAAAUAAAGAAAAUGAGGCUAAUUUAGACUCAACACAAUCAGAAAAUUUUAAUAAAGACUUUAUCUAAAUGGAUAAGAUUAUACAAAUAUCAGAAAAUGAGUUAGUCGUUAAUUUCCUCUCCUACUUUUAGCAGUGGGUUUAAAUCACCAAAAAAUAACAGUGUUAAUGAAUUUAAAGCCAUUCCAAAAACCAAAAAACAAUCAACUCUGAGAACUAAAAAACUUUGUAAUGCUUUAAUGAAAAUUCAAUGGAAUAACAAAAGACUCAUAUUUACAAUAAAUAAAAUAUUUUAGAUAUAGAAAAGAAAAAAGAAAAGCAUUUUGUUCAAAUGGUACAAGUUAACCUAUAAAAGAUUAUUACUAAAUGUAAAGUUAUGCAAAAUGGUGCGAAUAUUAAAUAAAUAGAUUGCAAAAUAUCUAAAAGCAUUAUGA